AUGAAACAUAAAGAACUCCUGUCUCUGCAGCAAAACACUAUGACCGUCAAUGAAUACAUUGCCAAGUUCGAGCAACUGAUGGAAUAUGCAAACUUCGAUCGAGCUAUUUAUGAUGAGGAAUGGCAGAUAGAGAGGUUCGAGAGUGGAUUGCACCCGGAGAUCCGCAAGCUCAUCUUGUCUUCAGCAAACCGUACUCUUCCAGAGUUGAUCAAUGAAAGUCGGCAAGCAGAGGGAAUUAUUAAUGAAGCAAAGGCUAUGACCAGACAGUCAGCACCACAACAAGGAGGAAGCAGGAUCGGGCGAUUCUUCAAGAAAUUCACCGGUCAGAACAAGGGCAAAGGCACACAGAUGCAGGCUCACAGUGGAAAUUUCAAGAACACUGCCACCAGACCAUCUUCAGCAGGACGUCAGAGUUAUCCUGCUUGUACUGCUUGUGGAAAGAACCACUCGAGUGUGUGCAGGCGCAAGAACAAUUUAUGCUACAAAUGCGGAGAUCCCGGACACUAUGCUUUUGAUUGUCCCCCGAAUGCUAAUCAAGCUUGUCCUAGUCAGCCUCCGACCCAAGGCCGCGUGUUUACGCUGGAUGCGAAUGAAGCCAGGCAACAUCCAAAUUUGAUCCAAGGUAAUGUAAUCUUGAAUGGCUAUCCUAUUUCUGUUAUAUUUGACUCUGGGGCUACUGGUUCUUUCAUUGCGGGACAUACUGCCUUAAGACUGGGUAUCACCCCAGCCCCUUUACCUUAUGAUAUGCAUAUUUACACUCCUACUGGAGGAUACUGUACUGCUGCGGGAAUUUGUAAAGGUGUUAUUCUUCAGUUCGAAGGAAGGACAUACACUAUCAAUUUGGUGGUCCUCCCUGUGUUUAGUAUUGAGAUGAUUAUUGGCAUGGAUUGGUUGUCGGAGAAUAACGUGACGCUGGACUGUCAAGCUGGGAAGGUUAUCGUUCCACCUCUGGACGAUAAUUCUCUAUUCUUUUCUACUAUUUCCUUAUUGCAUGUCCGUAAAGAACUACUUCGGGGAGCCGAAGGAUAUUUGUUGCUUUCUCUAUCUGAAGAUUCUGUUGAUGUCCCACUCCAUAAUAUUCCCAUUGUUAAUGAGUUUGUUGAAGUGUUCCCUAAUGAAAUUCCUUAA